UACGCUAAAAGCACGUUGCAGUGUUGCUCGGCGUCUACGCCCACUGAGGUGCUGCUGCUCAUUUUCCUGCGGGAAAAAGCUCAUUACAGGAAGGAAAGCAAGCACGGUAAAGCAGGCAGGGAGGCUGGCUGGCUGGCUGGGAGGCAGAGAGAGCUCAGGAGCGGCCGAGUUCCAUCAUCGACGUACAGCGUGACAAAUAAUGGCCCAGCACUGAAAAACGACAAGGCCGCCGGGUUGCUUCGCUCUGUCACCGCCAAAGUCCGUUGUUCCCGUGCGUGUGUGUGCGCGUGUUGUGUGUAUGGGUUUUUAUGAUUUCCACCUCGGACUUUAGACGCAUUUAGAGCUGAAACAACCCUUGUCGGGAAUGGAAUUCGUAUGACUGGACUGAUUACCGGAGGACCUCUCCUGUUGUCAACCUGCCGUGGAAAUCGACGUGUGCUCUUGGCCGCCUGCUGCCUCGGCGAAGCCGCAGAGAGCGACACCACCACACCGCUCGGAUCGUUAAAAGCCUACCACUGUCCGAACCUUCCAGCACCUGGACACAUCGGAACCGCUCUGUCUGCUGGCUGUGUGUAGAUAACGCAAACGUGCCACCGUGUGCUUUUUUUUUGCUGCCUGUAUAAUGCCGACACAUUUGCGUUUCCGAAGAAGGUCAUACCUUGGGCUUUUAUUCCUUUUUUCGCUCUCAACCUCGGCACUGUAUUUCAUCUACUCCGCUCCUGGUAUCGUGAACGAGUACGUGUUCAUGGUCCAAGCUAGAGGGAUCCGGAUCAGAGAAAAUGUGAAGAAUAUCGGUGCUCAGGUCCUGGAGCAGGUGGUGAGGGGUGCCUACAGCAAUGGCACAGAUUACUCUUAUGACUUCAACAUGAGCGAGAGUGAUGCUCCUCCCACUGCAUACCUCCCUGAGGGCUUCACGUACCUCCCCUCACAAGUUUGCCCUGAGAAGCUGCCCUCCAUGAAGGGUAGGUUAGAGGUGAAUAUGACUGAAGUGUCACUGGAGGAUGUGGAGAGAUCACUGCUGCAAGAAGAAAGAACUUUGGCCUCAGGAGGCCACUGGAAGCCCAAAGACUGUUUACCUCGCUGGAAGGUGGCAAUCCUAGUCCCAUUCAGGAACCGACACGAGCACCUUCCUAUCCUCCUGAGACAUCUGGUGCCAGUGCUGCAGAAACAGAGGCUCCAGUUUGGAUUUUAUGUCAUAGAGCAGGCCGGCACAGAGCCCUUCAACCGAGCCAUGUUGUUCAAUGUGGGCUACAAGGAGGCCAUGAAGGAUCUGGACUGGGACUGUCUGGUCUUCCAUGAUGUGGACCACCUCAUGGAGAAUGACAGGAACUACUAUGGCUGCACAGACAUGCCCAGACACUUUGCGGUCAAGCUUGACAAGUACUCAUACAUGCUUCCGUAUAAUGAGUUCUUUGGCGGUGUGAGCGGCCUGAGAGUGGGACAGUUCAAUAAGAUUAAUGGAUUUCCUAAUGCGUUCUGGGGCUGGGGAGGAGAGGAUGAUGACCUUUGGAACAGAGUGCUGUUUGCCAAUUACACCGUAAGCAGACCACACGGAGAUCUGGGGCGGUACAUGUCCAUUCCACACCACCAUCGCGGAGAGGUCCAGUUCCUGGGGAGGUAUAGUCUUCUUCGCCAUUCAAAGGAGAGGCAGAAAGUGGAUGGCCUGAACAACUUAAACUACUCCCCCCUAGUGUCCAAGAGGCCUCUUUACACCAACAUCACGGUCAGCUUGAGCAGAAAUCUUGCACCUGUAGCCGACUACUGAUGUAGGCAGAGCUGGACUGAGAACCACCCGGGAAUCAAAAGUCUUCUGGGACAUCAGCCAUAUCUCACCAGUUGCGGCACUGCUGAAAAGUCUUUUAGUUUGUUCGUGCUUUGUUUCUUUUGUGGGUAUGCAAAAAAGAAAAAAAAUACGAAGACUCAAAAUACGCAUUGGCUAAAUCAUACAAGAAAAUAAGGAUAAACGCUGCACUUGUUUGUGCCACAGUCUACCACUUCACUCAUCUGGGAUUAUCUAGUCUUCAGUGUCCACAUGCCUUUUGCACCAUUUUGGCCUUCAACACCCAUCAAGUCAUUAAUUUCCUUCAUUGAAUCUGCGAUUAACUCAUCCCUGCACUUCAGUUUACAUUAGUUCUAUAAAGUAGGCCAUGAGACACACUUGCCACUCUUGCACGUGCGCAGCAGUUUGACUUAAAACGUGAUGACGUGGUCUAUUAUUUUGCUUUUGCACUUCUUACUCCUUACAUGAAUGCAGUAGUCCUGUGAAAACAUUUGCAUGCACAAACACACACACACACACACAUAUGCGAGCGCGCGUUCACACACACACAUACACACACCUCUUACCACAUGGAAGCUUGCAGCUGGUUCUGCAAAAGAUAUGCCAAAAUCUACCAAUGAAGAGAACUAUGAAGUGUUUUCAAUCAUCUAUACGUGAGAUAGUUUACGCUAAAUUUAGAGUAUAUAAAUACCUUGCUAAUUUCUUACAGCUAUAUUUUACCCUGUGAACGUACCAUUUGAAGACUGUGAUAUUUGUGUUUGCGUUGUCGCUUUGGGUGUACGUGGCUGCCAGCGAGGGAGUGGCUGUAGGUGGGAAAGCGUCGCUUGUCCUGUUAGCAAUAAGCUGUAAUAUCACAGAGAUGACUUUGGACCCGAUUGCCUCAUGAUACAGAUGCAAUAGCCCGGGUGCUAGCGUAUACUCGCAUUGGACUACGGAGGCGGAAAGACUGCGUAUGCAAAGGUUGCGGUCAGCGCACCUUUGGCUAAGUCAACACGCCACCCGAUGGAAAAAGGGCGUCUUCUCAGAACCUCUGCAUGACCGCGUGCUUGUCUGGGAGUGUGUUAGCGAGCGAGAGCCUAUGCAAAUGGCUCGGAUGGAUCAAGUUGUCGUGACAUCAGAGUCGGAGUGACAGGAUUGUCUUCAGACCCCAUUUUGUUUGCCGGGCGUAAUCACAGGCGUUUUUUCUUUGUGAUCGCCUCAGUUUUCACGAUCUAACUAGAUCACACUUGAUUGCUGUCACUGUCCAGAUGGUGUUUACAGAAGCUUUUGAUUUAUUUGUCUGAUUGCAUAGUCCCCCCCCCACUGUAAAAUUUAGUAAUGUAUUGAUGCCUGCCUUCAGUAAUAUUAUUUUAAAAGUAAAGUCCUCUUUCGUGCAGAUCUGAAUAUUUAAGGCAUCAGCUUGUAUACCGUCGAUGACCAACCCUGUCAGGUUGUGUUGUCGAGCAGCUUGCGAGUCGAACAUCCCUGAUGUUCUACGAGUACACAGCUGUCAAGUAAUUGCCCUUUUUUUAUUUAAGUGUGCUCUGAAUCGACCAUCUCAAUCUAAACAUUAAAAAAAAAAAACCACACACACACACGCACAGAUACGCUCUCACUGGCUGCCGUCUCGUCACGAAGCUACUCCAUUUCACUCAUAUCACCUUGUAUGCAUUUAAGAUGUAUGUGGGUUAUUUUGUGGGAGGAGGGUGGGCGAUGAAUUAUUGUUGUUCCCACAGUGAGGCUGGACCUCUUUUUAUUUAUUUGAUCCCUUAUGGAUUAUUUUCUGUAAUUGUUUUUGUUAUUCUAAUUUCUGCCGUUUGAUGUGUGCUGAUUAUGACAAGAUGUAUGACAGGCCGUGUUAGACGCACUGAAUCUUGUAGUCAUGUGUAUUUGUGUGGGGGUUGUGUGGUUCGGAUCCUGUGUUUAAACCUGGGAGCAGCUUUAUUUCAUCCAGACGCAAGGUCUGACCAAGUCGACCGGGACCCGUUUAAGAUGGUGUGUGUUGAUUUGUUCAGCAGACACGUCUGAGGACGCCAUUUUGUGUGACAACCGCUGGAAGAGCAAGAAAGCCAAUUACGUGUAAGCUCCUCAUGGCUUUCAUUGAGCACCUCCUUUUAGAGUGUUAAUGGCGCUGACCUGCUUGAUAGCUUCUCUCUCAGAAGUUCCCCAUGCGCUCUUUCGAAACUAUUCCAAGAACAUGGAUGGGGCUUCAAUUUCCAACAGUCAGAUCAUUCCUAUUAACUAAUCCCAGUUGUAAAACUACAACUCUUCCUUCAUCUAAAAAUGAAGGGAAAAAAAAAAUCUAUUUGGCAGUUCAGUCAGAUUUCACACAGGAAAUAAUAUCAUCUCUCGAGUAAGUAAAUAUCUUCUGCGGUAUAUCCUAAAACAAUGUGAAAUGAUAAAUCAAAAUGACUCAUGAAGUGGCUGAAUGAACUUUUCAACGGGUUGAAUGUUUACAACGAGAAAGCUUGUCCUUUAUUGGAUUGUCGUGUUACUCGUUUUCUUUAUGAAACUUCAACUGAUGGCAAGGAGCAUUCGUCAAUAUCAAGCUUUAAUUAACUACUCAAAACAAUAACAAGGCUCCCUGGAAAAGUUGGGGCAAAACUAAUGGCAUAACAUCCUGUCAAAAAUCAGGCCUUCAAAACAAAGUGCGACAGUUUAAGAUGUUUCACCAUGCUUAAUUCGGCCCUUUGGUGGUGUAUUUAUUCUAUUCUGUGCUUGUCUUUUUUUUUUAGCACGACUGUUCCUUAAUGUUGCUCAAGAAAAUGUGGUUCGACUGUAUUUUUAUUUUGAAAGUCUGGCUUUUGACAGGACAUGUUUUCUAGAUUUUGGAGAGCGGACCAUGAAGGUUAAUGCUACUGAUUUGUUACUGAAACCUUACUUGGUGGAAUACGCCUUGCUGUCAAAUAACCCACACAACUUAACUUAAUGAGUAGAAAAUGGUCAAAAAUACUUAACAUAUACCAGGACAUAGGAAAACCGAGUUUUCACUGUGCUUGCUUGUUUUUGGGCAACAUGUGGAAAUGUGUCUUCUACUGUAUUCAACCAUCAAGAGAUUGUUUGUUUUGAUUCAGCGUCGUAUUUACCUCCGAACCAAACUAUGAAGAGAUGCUCAGUGGCAGUCGUGGAUAGUCACAGAAUUUGUGUAAAGGACAAAAGCUUCUUCAUGCGUGUUUGAGUGAAAUGGUGGAACCCUCCAGAGGUGGAACUGCACUCUUACUAGAGUUGAGAUUUUGUAGUUUUCUUUUCCUGCACUGAUAAUGAUUUAUAGGGGCCUGGUAGUGAAAUUCGGCAGGUUCUUUAUUUUCUUGACACUUAUACAUGAAACACUGUAUAUGUUUUACUUUAUCAUUGAUUUAAAUUAAAAGCUCAAUGGACAUAUAGAAAGAACCAAAUGGUUAAGGUUAGGAGCAUUCACAUGAGGAUUUGACACGGAUGGUGCUCGCUAUAUGAAGAGACCUGAUUUGUCAGUGUAAAGUCAGUAUUGGGCUUCAUUUUCGAUUAUGUAGAACAAGCAGCUUCAUCUGCCUGCUGAUGAAUUAAAAAUGUUUUUUUUUUUUCCUCCUAUGACUCUCAUGCUUUUGUCCAAAACAGGAAAUUGAUUGUUUUUCAGUUGGUGAUAGGAGCAUGCUGGCCAGUCAAGUACCUCUUCUUUUAUUUUUUUUCAUUCUUCUCAUAUAUAUAUAUAUAUAUAUAUAUAUAUAUAUAUAUAUAUAUAUAUAUAUAUAUAUAUAUAUAUAUAUAUAUAUAUAUAUUGUAACUGGUCUCAGUUCAGGCAGACGGAGCCUGCUGCUCAUGAUACCAUAACCUCACCUGUUCUGAUCCAUUCUAUGCUGGUUUAAAUGAAGGAACCAUACUUGGGCAUCUGAUAAAACUGGCAGCCUUAAAAGCUUCUUAAUUUAUUGCAGUGUUUUUCACUCAAUUUUUUUUUUUUUUUUUUUUUUUUUUUUUUUUUACAAGCAAAAUAUUUAAAUUUCGAUAAGUGCAUAUCAAGUUAUCCAUUGUAAAUAUUGUUGUGUGUAGUGUUUUAGAAAAUCUAUAAGGUCUUAAAUUUACUACAGAUGGUAGCAUAAAGAACAAGGAUUUGGAGUGGGUUUGGCUGGUACGGGUGCCAUUCAAGUGAAGCUUACAUAGUGACUACAUCAAUGUCUUUGCAUCUCUGCUUCCCAGCACAUCCCUUUUUUUUUUUUAACCUCAAAAAAAGUUCAGUAUCCUCUCCUCCCCAAAUUUUGAUUCCUCUCACAUUUGCAGAUGUGUUCUACAUUCAAGUGGCCUCCCUCACUUAAGAUGCUGGUAUUGACGUAAUGUGUCACGGCAGAAGUGGGCACCUGCCUUUGUAUUUUCUUUCUGCUCGUGACAUCUCCAAGGGUGACGGCAGUUGGAGUGUAAAUGUGUGGGCGUCACUGUAAGGCUGCAAAGACGUCUGCCAAAAACACCAUGUGCUUUAAAUGCGACAAAAAUACUGGCACCCAAACCAGCGACGCAAUCUGCUCCAAAAUAUCCAAGGAUUCAUUUUCUAUGAAUUUGAACCAAUAAUGACAAGAAACAGACUCCACUGAAUUAUUAAUGAGUAAAUUAUUGACUUGAUAUUGUCCCUGACUGUAAAGCGGGACAUGGUCCCUGAAUUAGAGUCACUUUAAACCACUUGUCAAAAGUUGAUGUCAGCCUUACGUGGAUCUGUUUGUGUAUUGGCAUAUUUAUCUUUUGAUUAUAGAAAUUUGUAUGAUGGGGAUUUUCUUUUAUACCAUCGUUAUUGUCGAAGUACACCAAUAAAAAAAACUUGUAAAGAU